AUGGCCUCCUCCCACAACCCCACUUUGGCUCGACCUUCGAGUCAGUCGUCAGAACGGCCGACGCUUCGAAAGCACUCUACGGGCUUUAGCAGUACUACAACUGCAGUUUCGCCGACGUCCCUGUCUUCUGUCGAGCUGAAAGAGCUCCAUCUUCCUGGGCAAAGUAGCCAGGCCCCUGCCGGCAAGGCUGCCCUAGUUGGCCGAGACGACCUUCACAGCAUUGGGGCGCUAAGAUUGCUACCGACUUCAUCAUUAAUAACGAAGGAGAUUCUUGAGAAUGACGCAAAUUUUGCGCCCGAAUCUCGCAUCGAUGUGGUGAGAGUCUGUUGUCAAGGGUGGAGUUGGGUGGAAGAUCAAAAUGAUGAUCAGAUUGAAGCGGCAGUUCAGACUAUCCUUCGAUGCCCUUGCGGCAAGCCGAAGUUCCUCGCGUUCAUGAUAUUCCUCGAACAUCAUGAUAAGGCGAUGUAUGGUAAUCAAGCAAGCGUGUCUCACAAAACAGCCCUCUCUAUGUUUGACAAAUUCGGCAUCCACAGCAUGUUCCUGCCUCGCAUACUGGGCUUUCCGGACUACUGGUCCGCAUUCCCGAGCGAGCAGUCAGACGGAGGAGUCUGCGCUUCAUAUGAAUUCUACUGCCAACAUCCCCGGUGGGCCCAAACAUCUCGCUAUGACAAGACGAAGCACCGUUCGCCCUGCUCGGUGCAUCUCCACUACAAUCCGAGCAGGAAACUCACGACGUACCUAGUCUCUUCGUCAAGAAGCGAAGACUGGGUGGCAUCCAUCAAGCAGACACUCAUACAGCCGAGAAUGACCUCGAUUGAACAUGCCAGCAUCCUGAGAGAGGUUACUGAGAGCCCAUUUGCGCUUCACGCGAUUAUCUCCGGAUUAGCCUUCUCUCAAUCGCAAGAGUUCGUUAGGUCAGUCCGCGAAAAACUGAUGCUCCAGAUCAGGAAAGUGAACGACUACUCCGAGCUUACCAAGGAUGUGAUGGAUACUACACCACUGGAGAACACGAUGAGGAACCGUGCAAUGCUCGAAAACAUUACCAAGGAGCUGCAUUUGGUGUCUCAGACGGCGGACACGGGCAUCGCGAAUGCGGACAUGUCGCUCAAGCUUUGCCAGAAAAUGCUGAAUGCAUAUAUGCGGCUGUCGGACAUACAAGGGAAGGCGUCCAAGACACAUGCGUUCCGAUCGACGGAGGAUGCUCUGCGGUAUACGUUGGAGUCUAUGAAGUGUCAGAAGGACUGGCUCAUCAGUUACAAGGCGCGGAAGGAUACGGCGAUGAACUUCGUCUUCAACAUGGUCACACAGCAGGAUAGCGCAGCCAACGUAGACAUCGCGUUCAAAAUGGCGAAGGACAGCUCAUCAAUGAACGCGAUCACUAUCCUGACCAUGAUCUUUCUUCCCGGGACCUUUGUCGGUGGUAUAUUCUCCAGUGAGGUGUUCGAUAUUAGCACGGAUGGACGCCCGUCUGUCAAUGCGCUCUUCUGGCCUUUGCUGGGAUUAUGUCUUACGUUGAACGUGAUCACAAUAAUGUUGUGGUACAACAGAGUCGCCUUGGCUAAGCUUUCGGGACGCAUCAGCAUGCUCUUGGGGCGGAAGAAAGAUCGAGCGAAGAACGAGAGUCCCGUAUGAUGCCUUCCUCUUCCAUCCGUCUUCUUUCCUACCCCUCAUCAUCAACGGUAUGGGGAGACAAUGUUUAGGGAGCUGAAGGGCUCCAGGAUGAUGGAUGCGUAGUGAAAUCUAGUCACAAGCUCAGGCCGCAAAAUGCAUC